AGACAAUCACAGCCUUCAAACACCCUCAGUUGUCCAGUCAAUUCAUAACUUCGGUUACUUUCUCUCGCUACUCGCUACCAAGAUGCGUUCAUUCGUUGCCUACUCUCUUUUGGCCUCGGCCACCUUUGCCUCCGCUCUCGAGCGUCGCUGGGACUACCCCUCUGCCGUCCCUGCUCUUGAGAGACGCCAGGAGCCUGGUACUCCCCGCUACGCCUGCCAUGAGGACUGCGGUCUCCUCAUCACCCUUGGCCGUGAGGAGGGCUUCUGCGACAAUGCUGAGUGGAACGAGCGCUACGGACGCUGCAUGAUCUGCGCCAACACGUUCGAGAUCUGGAUCUACUACCGCAACGGCGUCACCAGCGCCGCUGAGCAGUGCGGUCUCUCGCCCACUCCCAGCCCGUCUGGUUUCACUGCUUCCAGCACCGUUGUUGAGGCCGAGGAGUCCACCACCGCCGUCGCCGAGGUUACCACCACCGCUGCCCCUGAGAUUACCACCACCGCCGUCGAGGCCGAGGAGACCUCCACCGCCGCCGCCGAGACCACCGAGGCCGAGGCCACCUCCGCUGCCGGUGAGCCCACUGACGCCGAGACCUCCGCCGCUGCCGGCGAGACCACCGCUGCCAACGUUCCCACCACUCUGUCCACUGCCGCUAUCGAGAGCAAGUCUUCCUCCUCCGAGACUGCUGGCGAGUCUGCCGCCGAGACCGACUCCGCUGCUACCUCCACCUCUGGCGGCUCCAUCGGCACCAUUGGCGUUACUCCUACCCCUGGAUCUUCCACUCCUUCCACUGUUCCCGUUAACGGAGCUGCCAAGAACUUCGGCUUCGGCGCUGCCAUCGGCGCUGCCGCCCUUGCCAUGGCUGCCGUCUACUAAUGGACUUGAUGGUUAUGAAUGAUAAUGGACCAAUCUAUGACUAGAUUCGGCAAUGUACUUGUACAAUAGUUGUUGCAGGGACCCGGAGCAAACGCUAUUGCACAUGGGAUCGAGGGAUAAUUAGACGCGCCCCUAAUCUUCAAUUCUACGGAGGAAUUUCAAC